AAACCGGACGCGCUACAUCGCUUGCACGCGAGACAUCCCUGAAGGUGCACGGUAACCUUAAGUGCGAUGUGAAUACGAUGAAAAACAUACAUGAUGACCGCGAUAUACCUCUGUAUGAAUGUCUGUUCUAAAGCUUUAUCUCUCAUCACAAAAACAGAUUUCAGGCGUUGAGUGGAUGAAAGUGCUUGGUAGGGGUUGGGGAGGGUGUCAGAAAUCCUUCCGGCGUGAGAGAACACGGUUUUAACCUUAGCCUCUGUGGGUUGGAAGCGCGGGAGGAACGCGCUUCCUUAUUUUAACUGCCUACGUUCACCACCUAAGCUCAUACCUGUUUGUAUGUAACUAUCGUCCUUCCUACCCAUAAAAAAUCCAUUACAAAUACUUCCCAUGUAGGAGGAACGUGAAGCGACCUCUAAUAUUUGUACGAUUUCGGCAGAAAUCAGGCGCUUUAUUUGGCGCCAAAUUGUCUUCGAAUGGUGCGCGCGCAGUUGUCGCAAAGGGUCUGGGUAUAGGAAGUCUUUCAUCCGAGAAGAGGCAGAUAUUGUUGUGGUUUUCGUACUAACCUUAUCCACUGGAGCCUCUAGAAACCUUUCAAGAACAAUCAUUAUGGCGAUCUGGAAAGCUUAGUCUGUAUAUCUUCCACAAGGCUGCCUGCAAAAUAGUUGAUCAUUCGCGUGAGUUUGGUGGUUGUGCGGUUUUUCAUUGCGAAAAAUGUCCGGGGUCAUUGGGAAUAUGCACUCGGAGUGUGUAAGAUCGCGAUCUUACGAAUCAAUUAACACCAAGGCACGGAUGGAAACCACAUUUGGAACAUCUGCUUUUUCCCCGGUGACAACUGUAACAAGAGUUGAAAAUGAACGGGAUGGUAGUAGCCUCAACAGGAAUUCUGCUAGUAUGACAUGUGUUGCCUCAAGUAACAGCACUAGUUUGGGACGAGAUGGAGAUAGUAACGGUGUGGUUGGCUCAGAUCAGGGAAGUUUUGAUGCUGUUUGCUUCAAACGGCAUCAUAGAACAUCCUCAACUAUAUCUGCAAGGUCUCAUCAUUCGAUUUCAAGUUGCACAGAUGAUGAUGAAGAGGCAGUUGUUUUGUUUGUGGAGGAGCCAUCAUCAAAACUGUACUGUAUAGUGUGCCAACGUGUGUUUAAAGAUCCUGUCAUUACAUCAUGUGGGCAUACCUUUUGUCGAAGUUGUGUUCUCUCGCGAUCAUCUGAAAAAUGCCCUGUUGAUGACAACAAACUUUCAAUAGUAGUUGUCAACCUUGCAGUGUCAGAACAGAUUGGUGAACUAUACAUCCAUUGUAAAUAUGGCUGCAAACUAAGUUCCACAGGAUCCCUGACUGAUUAUGAAGUGAAUCUUAGUGGGUGCCCUGUGACUGUCAAGCUCUCCAAUAGGCAUGACCAUGAGAGAAAUUGUCAGUAUGCUCCCACUCAGUGUCCAAAUAGUUUACAUUGUCCUACUCUACUAAAGAUGGAUCUUGAAGAUCAUUUACAAGUCUGUGAACACAUGAAAUGUCCACACCAAAAAUAUGGCUGCCACAUGGAAGGUAAUCAUAAAGAAGUCAGACUUCAUCUUGAGACAUGCAAGUUUGAAGCUGUCAAGGAAUUCCUGCAACAUACUGAUAAGAGAAUGGAAGAACUUAAAACAAUGUUGAAAGAUAAAGACCAGGAAAUUGUUUUCCUGAAGGCAAUGAUACUGAAGCUGACAGAACGAGUUGACAGAAUGGAAAAAACUGUAGACAUCAGAAUAGAUCUUUUAGAUGAGAGCCAAACAAAGUUAUCCUCAGACCUACUGGAUUCAAGACAAAGUGUUUCCCAGAUACAGACUGAUUUGGCCAAUGUAGAGGCAAGGCUCUGGGGUGUGGGAACGUUUGAUAUCCAACCAUUAUUUAAGUGCAAAGGAACUUUUGUUGGUCACCAGGGUCCUGUGUGGACUUUGUGUAGCCAUGGUGAAUGGCUUUUUAGUGGCUCUUCUGACAAGACUAUUAAGGUGUGGGACACUCUAACGACCUACAAGUGUGUGAAGACUCUUGAAGGACACAGUGGCAUUGUCCUGGCCUUGUGUACUCAUGAGAAGAAGCUUUACAGUGGGUCAGCAGACUGCACCAUUAAUGUUUGGUGCCUUGAGGAGCUUGAACUGCUCGAUUCAAUUCGUGGUCACGAAAAUCCGGUUUGUACCCUGGUAACAAAGAGAAAAAUGUUAUUCAGUGGAUCUCUCAAGAAAAUCAAGGUGUGGAACCUGCAGACCAUGGAACUUAUUCAAGAACUUACGGGUCUCAAUCACUGGGUGCGCGCGUUAGUAGCCUCAGAAAGGCACCUCUUCAGCGGCUCCUAUCAGACUAUUAAGUUGUGGGAUCUGGACACGCUGGAGUGUGUACGGGUCCUUCAGACUUCAGGAGGCAGCGUGUAUUCCCUAGCGGUCACUAAGGAGUACAUCGUGUGUGGAACAUACGAGAACCAAAUACAGGUUUACGAUGUCAACACUCACAAACAUUUGGAAACUUUAAAUGGUCAUGUUGGUACAGUGUACGGCCUGGCCGUGUUGAGUGCUCCAGGCCAAACUCGUUUGUUCAGUGCUUCUUACGACAGAUCGCUGAGGGUCUGGAAUUUGGAGAGCUUUACUUGUGUCCAGACUUUACUCCGCCACCAAGGAAGCGUGGCUGCCCUGGCUGUAACAAAAGGAAGGAUAUUUUCUGGCGCAGUAGAUAGUACUGUAAAGGUAUGGCAGUGAGUAACAAGCUGUGGAAAAGAAUUUUGGAUUCUUCGAUGGUUUUUGAGUUUUUCUUGAACCAAACUUCCACUGAAGACUUAAUGUGUGUGGCCAUACACCAAAGGAAUUAAUGGAUAGUGGCGUCUCUUGCUGAAACACCCCCACCCCCCCCCCUCCCAACAAUGAAUGAUGUGAGAGACGAACUUCCUUUACAAGGAUGGUAAAAGUUGUUUCGAAAUCGCCGUUUGGAUUGGCUGAUCAUUGCCAGUCUAAGGAUAUCAGAUUUUUUGACAAGCUCUUUUAGAGUAACAUUCUAUCGAUUCGCAAAAAGGAAGAAACUUUUACCCUUGAAUAAGUACUUUUAUUUGGUGAGCUGAAACUUUACAGUUGUCUACCACGAUCGAGUCCAGGGUGCAUUUUUGCGCUAAAACUGAUGAGGUGAUAACAGUUAGUAGGAGACCGAGCUUGCUGUCCAGUCCACAGAUGAUAUGCUUGAGAGUUGGGAUUCCGUUACCAAGUUUUAUCAAGCCACAACAUGGAAAUUCAUGUAAACUCGUGGAAAGAAAUGGCCAAAAACCAAUCUCUGUUUAGGUAGUGUCAAGUCGUUUUGCUUCUCGAUUAGAGCAAUUUUCAAUGGUGUCGAAAGGAACCUGCAGUGGUUUUACUGUGAUUGGUCCAGAAAACUCGCGCGAUUCUCUAAACCAAUUAGAUGCGAAACUUAAACCAAUCACAACUUAGUCACCCGCGUUUUAAGCAGUUUGGUUGUUUUCACAUUGAGUUGCU